UCACACAGAGUUUUGAUUUCUGCGUUCUGUAUCGAAAACGAUAAAUCAAACAAGAUGGCGUGUGUUUUCAUAUCGCAAAGACAAUAAAUCAUCUUUAUUGGAAGAUGAAACACAUUCUACUGUUAAUCGCGACUGUAUAUGUCACUGAAGCAGCCACUGCUGAUGUGCUACAGCGUCAUCACACUACCUUGCAAAGCUGUGCCAAGGCAUGUUUGGCGGAGAAGGAUAUAACAUGCCGGUUUUUCAAGUUUGAAAAUACAACAGGGACUUGCCUCCUGUCAGGACGAGAUAAGCCUGACUUUUCUUUAAAUGGAGAUAAGAAGAUGCCUGGGGCUGCUGCUGUCCCUAGUAAAGAUGGAGAAGUCAAAAUUCUUCUCCAAAAGUACACAAAAGUUCAGGGAGAACUCGAUAAGCUGAAGGAUCUGAAGCACAGCAUGCUGCUAAUGAAAAAUGGCAUUGAUGAUAAAUUUGCUGUUUCAAAUAAAAAACAAAAUGGCAUCUUAUCCCACACAAUAAAAAAUACCGCAGCUCUGAACUCCCACAGAGCGAUGCUAAGUGUCUUGACCAAAAAAAUCCAUGAUAUCAACGCACAAUUUGGAUGGCUUCGGACCUUCAGGUCCUCACUUCAGUCUGAACUGAUUGCUGCCCUCUCUGGUAGAAAUAUCACUAAACAGUUCAAAUACUUCGUAACUGCCACGAAUAAGCUCUCACAAAAGCAGAAAACGUUCGAGAAAUGGUUGAAACACAUAUCUGCUUCCAACAACAAACUUUGGCAAGCAGUCAACAAGGUGACAACAGACCUUAAAAUUAAUAAGGUUCACACAUUGGCUCCAAGGGUAAUGUGGAAGUUAGUAAAAUAUGUACUGGGAUUAGCCAAGAGAUGGAGAACUUUGAUCAACAAUUUGUCAAGGGUGCAGACAAAACUGAAAAACACCGCUAGGGAAGGAUUUCGUCCUAACAGUUACAUUCAGCGCCAGCUAGACAACACAAGACGGGAUGUGGAAAAACUCAAAGAACAACUCAGUAAAUUGGCUGGUAUUCCUGUGGCAACAAAGGGUGCAACAUCAAAGAUGAUAAGAAAAGUUUUGGGAGAUCUUGCAAAAAUCAAUAAAUUUGACAAGAAGGUUGGUUCGCCCGUGAAAGGGGUGGACAAUCACUUACAAUAUCUUGUUCGUGACAUGUCAAAAUUGGCAGCCUCUGCUAAAACCCUACAGACAAAGCUGUAUGUUGAAAAGGGCCUCACAGAAGCAAUUUUGAAGGAUGCACAGAAUAUGAUGGUCAUUGGAAGAAAGGCAAAUAAAAGUGUGACAGUUAAGAUGAGCCCGAUGUUUGUGCAAGCUCUUGUCAUGAUCCACCGAUCCCAGCAGAUGCUUGCAGGUCGGACACUGCGUCUGCAGAGAGGUUUUCAUAGGCUCACAAGAAUAAUCGCAAAUCAACACAAAAUUGCACAGAUGGCCAAAAUUGCCCUACACAGGUUUGGCAAGUCCAUUCAAGAGAAACUGAAUAAAAGUGUCAGAAGAAUCAUGAUGAAAACAAAAAAUAGAGUUUCUAAGAGACAUAUCGUUAACUUGAGAAGGCAACUUCAAAAGAUGAAAGGACGUGUAAAUAUGAUUUACUUGAUACUCAAGAAAAGCCAUGGGAAGCAGAUGAGGACCAUGUCUCGUCUGUUGAGGUCAUUUAAAAGGAGUAGCAAAAACAAUAGGAGAGCACUAAGAGCAUCCAAAAAUAAACAAAAACAGAGGAUUGUGAUUAUAGGGCGUCUUGAUAAUAAUCGUGUUCGUAAUCUGCAACAAACUGUUAGAAAACAACGUAAGAACUUGCGAAAAGCCAAAGCUCAUGUUCGCAACUCCAUUAGGUUUUUAAAGCGAAAGUUCUCAAGGAUGUUGAAAAGAAUUAACAAAAGCGUGAAAUCUAAAUCUGGUGACCGAAACAAGCAACUUGGGAUGUUGAGAAAACAUCUUCAGGGAAUGAAGGUUUACAGAAUGCUUAGACAGCUGAAAAAGUUAUUGAGAAAACAAGAGAGAUCUGGCAAUAGAUUGGAAAGAAAACUACAGCAAUUGUACAGAAAGAUGAAUAUGAAAAUGAAGCAACGUUUUCAAGCAGAGCGUAAAUUUGGAAAAAAAAUUGAUAAGAAAACUAUGCAGAAGGGCUUUCGUAACCUCAAACGCAUCAUGGCAAAGAAUAAUCCACAUUAUGAAAGUUUGAAAACACUUUUAAAUGGUCAUUAUUUGUUCAUAAGAGGACAGCUUCAAAACUUUAUGAGAAACCUAGCACAAAGUAAGAAAUCUGGAUUAAGUCAAAGGCAUGUAUUGGUGCUGAAGAAACAGCUUAGAAAUAUAAAAGCAGACUUGAAAAGAGUACAUGGACAGCUCCAGAGGAAGAAAAAACUUGGUAAGAUGGGGCCGGUUCAAAGGCAGCUUCACCGAGUUAAUGCUAGGUUGCAACUUGUGAAAAUGCAAAUGUUAAAGAAAUCUGGAUUAAGUCGAAUGCACGUAUUGGUGCUGAAAAAUCAGCUUAGAAAUGUAAAAGCAGACUUGAAAAGAGUACAUGGACAGCUGCGGAGGAUGACCAAACUUGGUCAAACGGGGCUGGUUCAAAGGCAGCUUAACCAAGUGAAGGCUAGGUUGCAACAGGUGAAAAGGAAAAUGUUAAAGGCACAAAGAAAGAAGAAAAAGACGGUGGCUAAUCUCACUAAAACUAUGAAGAAAAAUGUAAAUUUAUCAAAGAAAUUUGCAAAACUGCAAUAUAAGAUAUUGAAGAAAAAAAACAGGAAGUCCAACAAAAAUAUCCCUGGAAUAAAAAUAUCAAAUAUAUAUAGGCCUGGUAUAGCUAAGAGACCUAGAAAUAGGCCUGGUAUACCUAAGAGACCUGGAAAUAGGCCUGGUAUAGCUAAUAGACCUGCACAUAGGCCUGGUAUAGCUAAGAGACCUGGACAUAGGCCUGGUAUAGCUAAGAGACCUGGACAUAGGCCUGGUAUAGCUAAUAGACCUGGAAAUAGGCCUGGAAUGCUUAAGAAAUCUGGAAGUACUCCUAUAAAAGGAAAAAGACCUGUUAGGAAAAGGAGACCUGGAAGUAGACCACGUAGACCACUGAGAAGGCCUGGUAUAGCUAAGAGACCUAGAAAUAGGCCUGGUAUACCUAAGAGACCUGGUAAUAGGCCUGGUAUAGCUAAUAGACCUGCACAUAGGCCUGGUAUAGCUAAGAGACCUGGACAUAGGCCUGGUAUAGCUAAGAGACCUGGACAUAGGCCUGGUAUAGCUAAUAGACCUGGAAAUAGGCCUGGAAUGCUUAAGAAAUCUGGAAGUACUCCUAUAAAAGGAAAAAGACCUGUUAGGAAAAGGAGACCUGGAAGUAGACCACGUAGACCACUGAGAAGGCCUGGUAUAGCUAAGAGACCUAGAAAUAGGCCUGGUAUACCUAAGAGACCUGGAAAUAGGCCUGGUAUAGCUAAUAGACCUGCACAUAGGCCUGGUAUAGCUAAGAGAACUGGCCAUAGGCCUGGUAUAGCUAAGAGACCUGGACAUAGGCCUGGUAUAGCUAAUAGACCUGGAAAUAGGCCUGGAAUGCUUAAGAAAUCUGGAAGUACUCCUAUAAAAGGAAAAAGACCUGUUAGGAAAAGGAGACCUGGAAAUAGACCACGUAGACCACUGAGAAGGCCUGGUAUAGCUAAGAGACCUAGAAAUAGGCCUGGUAUACCUAAGAGACCUGGAAAUAGGCCUGGUAUAGCUAAUAGACCUGCACAUAGGCCUGGUAUAGCUAAGAGACCUGGACAUAGGCCUGGUAUAGCUAAGAGACCUGGACAUAGGCCUGGUAUAGCUAAUAGACCUGGAAAUAGGCCUGGAAUGCUUAAGAAAUCUGGAAGUACUCCUAUAAAAGGAAAAAGACCUGUUAGGAAAAGGAGACCUGGAAGUAGACCACGUAGACCACUGAGAAGGCCUGGUAUAGCUAAGAGACCUAGAAAUAGGCCUGGUAUACCUAAGAGACCUGGAAAUAGGCCUGGUAUAGCUAAUAGACCUGCACAUAGGCCUGGUAUAGCUAAGAGACCUGGACAUAGGAGGAGACCUGGAAGUAGACCACGUAGAUCACUGAGAAGGCCUGGUUUAGGAAAGAGACAUAGAUAUAGACAUAGUAGAAAGAGAGCCAGAAGAAGGCAGGGUAGAAGAAAGAGAUCUGAUAUAAUGCCUACCAGUAGACCUGAUAUUAUUGCUCCCAGUAGACCGGAUAUAAUGCCUCCCAGUAGACCUGAUAUAGUGGCUCUAAGUAGACCUGAUAUGAUGGCUCUCAUUAGAUCUGAUAUGAUGCCUAGACAAGUUAGCAUGCCUAACAGAAGGAAUGGUUUGAGAAAGAGAUCUGUGAGCAGUUAUGACAGAAGAAGCCAAAUGGACGAACCCAGAACAUUUUUAAAAAGUGCUUCGAGAGUUUAUAAAGAGACUGGUUCCAAAGAAUCCAGUUGUCCACGACUGUUUACUGCUUCCAAUGUGGGAUCAUUUUGCUUCUUGACCUCCACAAAUAACAUGACCUCUGAUGCGGCCAACAUGUACUGCCAUCAGUACCAUGGUUAUCUUGUAACCAUGGAAACCAAGGACAAGGAAGAUGCUGUGCAGGACUUCUUAAAAAGGAAUAGGUUCGAGGGUGAGCGUGUAUGGAUAUCCAGUAUCAUACUCAAGGAAGGCAUGCAGGUGUGGGAGUCCAAUCAGAAACCCGUGCAUCUUGAUCAAAACAAGAAUGAGAUCCUGCCAUAUGAGGACAGCUGCUCUCUGUUUGAUGUCACCAAAGGGGCGUGGCUCACAGUUCCCUGUGGCAACCUGAAGGACCCAACAGGUGUGAUGUAUCACAGGGCCAUAUGUGAACCUCUUUAAUUGGGUGUGGAGGAGGUACUCUCUCCCCCCCCCCCCAACCAGAUAAUGUAGCAGAUUGAAUUAAUGUGUGAUACAAUCAAUUAUCCUUUGAUGAAGUGUUUCCGACAUGAUAAUGUCAGAAGGGCAUAUACAUCCCUGUUGUGUGUGUGUGUGUGUGUGAAUGUAAACAUGUUUGUUUGUUUGUUUGUGCAGAAUAUUUGGUGUCCAACUAUUUUAACUUUGUUGAAGAUUAUGGGUUUGAAAUAGAUUUGCAUGUAUUAUCAUCAAUCAUAUUAAGUCAACAUGCUUCAUGCAACAACCGAUUGCUCCGAGGUCAUAGUGGUAAACUUGGUAUUUUUGCAUAUCCUGACAUAUGAAUAACAUGUGAACUGCUCACCACUAUAUGCCGCCAGAGUUACAAAACUGAAACAUACCUAUUUGUUACCCCCCGCCAUAGGCGGGAGGAUAUUGUUCUGGCGUUGUCCCUCCGUCCGGAGCCAUAUCUUGGAAGAGCUUUGGUGGAUUUCAUUGAAACUUGGUACGAGUAUAUAUAUAUGGAUAAGAGGAUGAUGCACGCCAAAUGGCAUUGUACACCAUCUGGUAAUGACGGAGUUAUGGCCCUUUGUAUCUUGAAAUAAUGCUUUUUAAUAUAAGCUUACAGCUUUAUCUUCAUUAACACAUGAGCCAGAGCCAUGAAACUUUCCAUAGUUAUUCUCAAUCAUCUGGGGUGCUUCACAUUCAACACCCAUAUUCCUAGGGGCUUAGGUCAAGGUCACACAUUGAGGUAAAAGGGUGUUGUCCAUCCAUCCAGAAAACUUUUGUGUCCAAAAGCAUAUUGGCGGGGGAUAUCAAUUCAACGAAUUUGCUUGUUCCCUUUAUCUGUGUCGCACAACACUUAUUUCUUUGUCCAGUGAACUAUAUUGGACACAGUUUAUCUUACACAUUUAUAUUUUAUUUGGUAUGGCAUGACUCCUGCAUAAUGAUAGGUUUUCCACAUCAAAAAUGUCAAAUAAAAAUGUAACUACUGGUAUGUAUCAGUAAGUUAUGAAAGAAAUGAGGUACACAUAAUUCUAUGGAUUUAAAGGGAAUCUAGCAAAUCCGUAUAUAUUGUGUUGAUUCAUGUUAGCUAUUUAUUUCUACAAAGUUGAGAGACAAAAAUAAAUCCAAUAAAAUAAUGUUUUUUAUAUGUCACAUAAUGUGGCAGUCUUGAAUGGUAUUAAUAAAUAUUAAAAAAUAGAAACAAACCUGUAAAAUUGAACUUUUAGACAUGUUAUUUUUUUCUGUUAUGCGAUAUAAUGUAUGUAUGUAAGCUUAUUUAUCUGUUAAUGUUUUCAUGUAUGUUAGCUUGUUAUUAUUGAAUCUAGUAUAAGUUGAACAAAAACAUUAUUAUUAUUUUUGAAUUUUAGACUGUGUUAAUGUUUGUUUCUUGUAUACAUAUUACGUGCCAUCUAUUGUUAUACCUGUAUACUUAAUCUGUGUGAUUCUAAGCAUUUUGUAAUCAUCGAUUAAAUAAACUGCAAAACAUAA